UCACUUUCAACAACUAGCAAUGGCUUUCCGAUUCAUCGUCAUGACAUGCCUUGUGGCGGCCGCUAGCGCCGGCCUGGUGCCCGCAGCAGUCUCGUACGCCGCGCCGGCCUACCACACCGCGCCCGUGGCUUACGCCGCAGCGCCUGUCGCCAAGCUUGCCGUAGAGGAAUACGACGCACAUCCGCAAUACAGCUUCGCUUACGACGUGCAAGACGGUCUCACCGGAGACUCCAAGUCCCAGCAUGAGACCCGUGAUGGUGACGUCGUUCGCGGCUCCUACUCUGUCGUCGACCCUGACGGCACCAAGCGCACCGUCGACUACACCGCCGACCCUCACAACGGUUUCAACGCCGUCGUCAACAAGGAGCCUGUCGCCGUGAAGGUCGCCAAGGUCGCUGCGCCCGUCGCCUAUCACGCUGCCCCCGUCGCCUACCACGCCGCUCCCGUAGUGCACGCCGCCCCGGUUGCCUACCACGCUUCACCGGUGGUACACGCCGCGCCCCUUUCGUACUCUGCCCCUAUCUACCACCAUUAAAUGUGCCAUUGCCAAAAUAAUUUGUAGAUAGUACCAAUAUUUAAUGCUAAUAAAAUAAGUCAAUGAAUAAUAUGGUAAUUUCUUUUUAUUCAGUUCAAUUUUUACAAGCUGAGCGCCUACAAAAAAACACUGGCUUUUUGUAAAGGUCCAGCUUAUUAGGACACCAAACAAUCGAAACAUAG